GUCAAAGAAGUGAACUUUACACUGCGGACUGGAUCGGAAUGACACCAACAAAAAUAAUUUCGGGGUGCCGUCAUUACCAUCUCCAUUGCAUUCAAUUUAAGGCUACAAAAAUGGCUGCCCCAGCAUCUUUUGCAUCACAGUUAACAAGCUGCCGCCCACUUAAGCUACCUGCAAAUUCGCUCUUCUGUGAGGUAAACCCAUAUGCCAAUCAUCAAAGUUACUCAUCUGUGUCACGGCCUAGAAAGAAGACUGGGAAGACCCUGCGAUCUGUCCAAGUGUAUGGCUUGUUUGGAGGGAACAAGGACAACAACAAAAAGGAGGAUGAUGCAGCCUCAAAGUCAGGGAUACUGGGUAAUAUGCAGAAUCUAUAUGACACAGUUAAGAAAGCUCAAAUGGUAGUUCAAGUUGAAGCAGUGCGUGUUCAAAAAGAACUUGCUGCAGCAGAAUUCGACGGAUAUUGUGAAGAUGAACUCAUAAAGGCAACUCUUUCUGGCAACCAGCAGCCUGUUCGCAUUGAGAUUACAGAAGCGGCAAUGGAACUAGGAGCUGAAAAACUCUCUCUUCUGGUUACUGAAGCUUAUAAAGAUGCACAUCAGAGAAGCGUCCAGGCCAUGAAGGAGAGGAUGAGCAGUCUAGCCCAAAGCUUAGGAAUGCCACAAGGACUUAACGAUGGUUGAAGUGAUAUCUAGAGAGAUUAAUUCAAUUUUGUGUUUCAUUACUCCUCAAGUUUUUUUUAUAUGAUUAUUGACAACUCUAUUUUCUGCGGUAAUUUAACGGUGUCAAAGGUGAAGACGAUCAAAGUUGUUUACACUCAUGUAAGAAUUCUCAUCACUUGCAUUGGAAUAUGAAUAAAAAAUAUGAAAAUUUUAAAAA